UUUGGCUCGAGCACGCCCCCCCCGCCGCUGGCGGCCCCCCCCCGCUGGCGGCCCUUGCCGCGAGCAGAUGGGCGCAGCGCUGUGCUUCGGCCCGGUGUCACUGCUGGACCCCUUUGGGGUCUGCGCGGCGUGCAGCCGCGAAGGCGCCGAGGAGUGGGUCGCCGGCCCGGCCGAGGAGGAGGGCGCGCGCGGCACGGGCGGCGGCCGGGUGACGGGCUCCCAGCCGUCCACACGCGGCGCUGACGCGCGGCGGGCGAGGGGCGGCCGCCGAGGCCUCCCCGCGGGUGCCGCAGCGGCCUGGUCGCCGAGGCGGCUGGCCAGACCGCCGUACGCGCGGUGGCGGGUCUCUUCAACCUCCACGACUUGGACGGCGACGGCCUUUUGGGGGAGCAGGAGCUGGUGCAGCUGAACGAGAGGAUGCGAUGAGCGAAGACCGUCUCCACACCCACGCCUUCCCAGUCUGGGCACCGAUGCGCCACCCCACGGAUGCGCCAACCUCCACGGAUGCGUGGGACGCAUCCGAGCAAAGCCGCCUGUCCGUGGUGUCGCGGCCGAGGAGUGCAGGCCGCGAGGCUGUGGACACGGAUGUGUGUUUUCGCCCCCGCCCGCGAGGAUAGCCGUGCUACACCAUGGCCCUGCUGCCAACAUUCGUGAAGUUCGGUCGAAGUACCGAGAGCUGUUCCGGGCUGAGCUGGACCCUCAGGGCCGACCCGUGCCUUUCGAGAUCUUCCGCCGCUACGCGGUGGUGCUCCUCGACGCGCUGGAUCCAGACCCGAGGGCGCAGGAGAUGAUCCUGGAGCAGUUCGUCGCAGAGGCGCACUCGGGACGCAAGGCCAUGGACCUCUGGCGCGAGGGCGGGGGAGCGGUGGACCUGCUGUCGGACUUGUGAUCCGGCGCCAGCAGUGUUUGGGGACUUCCGCUGGAGGGGCGACAAGUUCGUCCUGUGUGGAUUGGGUUGGAGCCCCGAUUUGCAGGCCUUUACCAUCCCUGCCUCUGCGGGUCCAACCGUCGUUGGGUAUUGGACACCUUCGCUGGCGUUUUUUCGGCUGCAGACCUCCUGGGAAUUACGCACUGCAGCCAGGAUCUUAGAACUCUGACCUGCAGGGGUCGGGUCAGCAUGUUCGGCGGCGAGCGAGGGGGGGCAGUGAGAAGGAGAAGGCCUUCCCAGAAGGCGGCGGG